AUGUGCUGCAACUACUACAGCAACUCCUGUGGCUAUGGCUGUGGCUAUGGCUCAGGCUAUGGCUGUGGCUAUGGCUCUGGUUGUGGCUGUGGCUCUGGCUGUGGCUAUGGAUAUGGUUCUGGCUACGGCUGCGGAUACGGGUCAGGCUAUGGUUGUGGCUCUGGCUCUGGCUAUGGCUAUGGCUGUGGCUAUGGCUCAGGCUAUGGCUGUGGCUAUGGCUCUGGUUGUGGCUGUGGCUCUGGCUGUGGCUAUGGAUAUGGUUCUGGCUACGGCUGCGGAUACGGGUCAGGCUAUGGUUGUGGCUAUGGCUCUGGCUAUGGCUGUGGAUAUGGUUCUGGCUAUGGCGGCUGCGGAUAUGGUUCAGGUUAUGGCUGUGGCUAUGGUUCUGGCUAUGGCUGUGGAUACGGUUCAGGCUAUGGUUGUGGUUAUGGCACUAACUGUUACAGCUACCGACCAUUUUGUUUUAGAAGAUGCUAUUCUUGCUGCUAA